AUGUCGAACAAUAGUGACGAUAUCCUUCACGUCGUCGUCAACAUCGGUCCCUGGAUGAACACCACGGUCAUGAGUCGCUAUGAGAUAGCGUUGCAACGCCUUUUCGAAAACCGACGAUUCCACGUGAUCAAGAAUGUUGCUCCCAAUGCGCAAGAAAGAAGUCCCUUCUCCUUGAUUUUCAAAGUCAGGGUUCCACCCAUAACUGCCGUGCAAGACCGCCACCAGGCAGCUCGACACCAGGCCAAAGAAUUUGUAUGGGCUCUUCUAUACCCACAAAGGAGAGACGCGGACAUGAGGGGUAUUGUACCUCAUAUGCAUCCAACCUUCUGUCGCCGGACACGUCUGCCGCACCGCAAAGGUUUCCUUGGUCCUCGCCAGCUUCCAACAGAGUCAGAAAGAUUGCAGGCAAUAGAGACCGAUGUCAUGAUUCGUCAAAGAGAGUAUAUCCCCACUUGUCCGCGUGCGGCUGCUAAGAAAUACGUUCCGCCGGGCUACACCCCUCACGCCGGUGAACCCUAUACAUACGCAUGGCGGAUACGUGGACUUCAGGAACAUGGACGGUCGGUACAAAGACCACAGAACUACGGACUGCAGAACGGCGAACCACAGAGACUGAUAUCCCAGAGCCAUGCACCUCAGAAUCAUGCACGUCUACAGCACGCACAUCCAAAACUAACAGCGAAGAUGCGCGCACAUCAGAUACACGCAAAUCAGAAAUCUGCACCUCAGACACGUACACAACAGCCAUAUCUACUACAGACAAACGAACCUCAAGUACCUGUACCACCGGGAUAUGGACAGAACAUACCUAUGCCCCCGGGCUAUAUGUUCCCUUCUCCUAUGGCCCCUGUGACCAAGGGCUAUCCAUCCCAGGGUUAUGCAUCCCAGGGCUACCCACCCCAAGGCCAUGCGCCUCCUCAAGGUCGUGCUUCUAAGCGAAGGCCUGCACCCGAAAGCUACCCGCCGGAAGCGAAGCGACAAAGGCGAUAA